UGGAGGUGGCGGUGGAACGGAACGGAACAGGAAAAGGAAAGGUAAAAGCCAAAGCAACCGAAUAGACGCAGCACAAUGAGUGUCGAACUGGAGGAGGAAGAGGAACGCAUUUGCCUCAGAAGCGCGGAGGAGGAGCAGCAGCCCAACAUGGAUGACGACAAGCUGGUGUCGGAUGAAGUGCAUCUGCGACAGCUGAGCGCCACACCUUUGUGCGCCCUGCAGCAGCGCCGGCAGAGCAACACUCUGACACAUUCCGCCCCGCCAGAGCUCACGCAACGCUCUGCCGAUGGGGACAAGAAAGAGGCGGAUAUGGAAGUGGAAGGGGAUUUGGAGAAAAAGGCGCCACCAACCACCGAUCCAGAGGAGCAGGAGGACAGGGUGGUGCUGCGACGCGCCGCCAACAAGGGCGCCAUCGCCUUGGCACAAAUCGACGACCUAAAACUGGAGGGCGAUGACGACGACGACGACGAAGAUGGCGAUGGCGCGGGUCUAAGUAAUCCCGCAGCGCAAACCACGGAUGAUGAGCAGAUUACGGCCACAGCCACAGCAACAUCCCCCACCACAACAGUGGGACAAGUGGGAGCCGCAGCUGACAGAGGAGCAGCAGCAGCAGCCACAUCCUCCUCGGAGCAGGAUGCAGCAACCAUAGCCACUCUAGCAGCAGCCAUGGCAUCGGUGGCACCACCGGACAUGUCCAAAAUCCCACGACUGCCCGGCGACGGUGCCCAGACGGACGACAAUGGCGACCUGCCACCCUCGCUGCGUGCCUCGACCACAUCAAUUUUGUCCAAUUUGCGCAAGAAGCAGCAGGCCAUGCUCGCCGGAGGCGGCGGCGGCGGCGGCCCCAAGGGGGGCAUGGUCAAGCAGACCCCACUACGCGUGCAAUCGGUGCGGAUUGUGGAGGCGAAGCGAGCAUAUGGCCCCAAGCGUCGCACCGAAAGCUGCAGCAUCUUUGGCAACAGCAAUUUUGAUCACGAACUGGAAUCGGGUGCCUCCAUAUCGAGCAUUGCUGGUGGUGUGGGGCCCCAGCGGCCGCUGAACAACGAGACAUACUCGGCCUUCAAGAGCGGCAACGUGGUCAAGGGCAUACUCUGCCCCUCGCUGACCAACUCCUUCAAGCAGAGCUCCCUGGAGCGCAGCUAUCUGACGUAUACGCACCGCCAGCGGCAAAAGUCACUGAUCAUCGUGAAUGUGGUGGACUUUGUGCUGAAGAUAGUGCUGGCCCUCGUCUGGAUGCUGCGUCGCCGGCAGCAGGGCCAGGGACCCCUGCAGAACGAUGAUGGAACGUACGAAUCGAUGGCCACGGCAAUCACUUGGUCCAUCUGCUGUGGAAUUGCCAAUAUGGCCAUCUGUUUCCUGGGCUACUGGCGCUGCUUUGCCAACAAUUAUUUGCACUGGGCCGCGGUCUGCACGUGGGUGCUCUUCAACAUCCAGGGAUUCGUUGGCCAGGGUGUGGGCUUUGCGGAUCGCGAGUACCUGGUCUGGUACAUUCUGUUCGUCAUCUUUGUGCCGUAUGCGAUGCUGCCGCUGCCCCUGAAAUGGUGCGUGGUGGGCGGCACCAUCACCGCCAGCUGCCACCUGGCCGUAAUUACCAUCAUCAAGCUGCAGCACGGCGAGGCUAGCACCAAUGCGGACUGCGUUCUGUUUCAGAUCUUUGCCAAUUUCAUUCUGUACACGGCCAUCAAUGUGGCCGGCAUGUAUACCAAGUAUCUGACGGAUCGCGGACAGCGUUUGGCCUUCAUCGAGACCCACAAGGCAAUGGAGCACAAGAAGGAGUCCGAGAAGGAGUUGCAGCGCACCCAAAAGCUAUUGGAUUCAAUCCUCCCGAACAUUGUGAACAACCAAAUACGCAGCGAAAUGUACAAGGGCACGGAUCCCACCGUGGAGACGCAGUUCAACAAAUUGUACGUCUAUCCCAUGGACAAUGUGAGCAUACUCUUUGCCGACAUCAAGGGUUUCACCGAAUUGGCCAGCAAGACAUCGGCCCAGCAGCUGGUGAAAAUAUUAAACGACCUAUUUGCCCGAUUCGAUCGUAUUGCAGAGGACAAUCACUGCCUGCGUGUGAAGCUGCUGGGCGAUUGUUACUACUGUGUGUCGCAGUUCGAGAGCGACAACUGGAAGACGCGACCGGAUCACGCUGUUUGCAGUGUGGAAACUGGUCUGCACAUGAUAAAGGCCAUUAAGGAUGUGCGCAUACACACUCACGUGGACCUAAACAUGCGCAUCGGCAUCCACAGCGGUUCGGUGAUGUGCGGCGUUCUUGGUAACAAGAAAUGGCAUUUUGACGUCUGGUCUAAUGAUGUUAUCAUUGCAAAUCACAUGGAAUCCGGCGGCAUACCCGGGCGCGUUCACAUCUCGGAGGCGACGCUCAAGUGCCUCAAUGACUCUUACGAGGUGGAGCCGGGCAAUGGCGGCAGUCGGGACAAUCAUCUGAAAAUGCUGAACGUCAAGACCUUCCUCAUCAAGCGCACAGAGCCACUGCGACCCAAGCGCCGCUUUGGCACGCGCAGCAGCGCCCACCUGGCUGGUAGUGUGGCUGCCGCCUCCACUUCGGGGGCAGGUGCCUGCUCCACCACGCCGACGGCCACGCCCGUACCGACACCCGCCCUGCCCAAAUCCAUAUCAGCCAGCGGCAGUGGCAGCAUUGGCGGUGGCACCACAACGCUAGGCGGCGAUGGGGCGAGCAUCGACGGACGGAGCCUGGAGUACGCGGCCACCAUUGCGGUGCCCGCCCAGCAGCCCUCGCAGCUGCUGCAGCAGCAGCAGAAGAAGAACAUUUCCCUCAAUUCGCUGCCCAACGUGGUCGAGGGCGUGGCCAUGGACAGCCGCCGCCUGAGGAAUGGCGGUGCAGGGGCCGGCACGGGGGCCAACAGUGUGGCCGGGGCACCGUCCGGUAUGUCCACGGUAUCCUCACCCACGGCAAUGAUGUCCGCGCCGCUGGAGCAGCAGCUGCGGCCCAGGAAUGUGGCCAGUAUCCAGAACCUAGCGGAGGCAAUCGAGGGCAAGGGUCUCAUAAUCGAGGAUGAGUCCACCACCGAUUGGAUACCCGAGAUUCCCUUCAAGAAUCUAAACAGUCCCGAGGAGGGUCUGAACCGUGCCGAUUCCAUACUCGUGGAUGCCAAGCAGGAGCAUCGUGUGUCCGUCACAGUUCUGGAUGAGGAGAUCGACGAGUUCAUAGAGCAGAAUAUCCAAAUCAAUUCGAAUAAGGAGAUCCGCAGGGAGUACCUGAAUCCCUGGACCCUGAAGUUCAAGGACAAAUGCCAGGAGCAGAAGUUCUGUCAGCUGCGCGAGGAUAUGUUCCGCUCCAACAUGCUGUGUGUGUUCGUCAUUUGGAUAUUUAUGGUACUGUGCCAGGUCAUCAUCAUUCCCCGGUGCACGCGUCUCAUUAUUUGCCUGUCGGUUGGCACUGUGGUCCUCACCUUCUGCUGUGUCCUGGUGAUGGCCGAAGAGUUUCCAGGUCUGCCACGCUUCCUGAAGGUGAACUCCGCCAAAUUGGUGCAUCAGCGGCAGCGUCGCACGCUGUUCAUCUGCGGUGUGAUCAUCUCCAUGUGCAUGCUCAGUGCCAUUGGCUUGGUCCUGUGCCCCUCCUCCACGUACAUUGGCACCGCCGAUGAGCACACGCGACUGCUGCGACGAACCCUCUACUCCUCGAAUGCCUCCUCGGUGGCGGAGAAGGAGUACAAGCUGAAUGUCUAUCUGUCGGCCACCAUUCAUCACAACAUCACCAUCAGCACGCCCAGCAGUGGGGGCGCAGCCACCCCAGCUGCCUCCCUGGUGGAUGCGCUGAUGAAUGAGAACAUCACGAACGCCCCCACCGAAGAGCUGAUGAGGAGCACCCUGGCCAGCGCCCUGAACCUCACACAGCCGCUGGAGUCAUUCGAGCAGUCGCAUCGUCCCUACAUGCUAACCAACAACGGACACAGUGUCUCGUUGAACAACUUCAGCUACGUGGAUCUGUAUGGGCUGCCCAGAACCACCGACAUCGAGGGGGAGUGCGCACAUCCCGAGUAUCUGGUAUUCACGUGGGUGCUCUGUCUCGUGUCGCUGGCGACUGCCCUGAAGCUCUACUAUUUGGUCAAGGCGCUGAUGGCACUGGGCAUGGUCGGUUUCUACACCACACUGAUUGUGCUCAAGUUCAGCACGGGCGACGUCUUCAAUCUGGGGGACCUGUCCAGGCUGGGCAUGCCGCUGGGCGUCCAGAUGCUGAUACUGCUCAUCUCGUUCCUCAUAAUGGUCUGCUAUCAUGCUCGACUAGUGGAGGUCACCUCUCGUCUGGACUUUAUAUGGAAGGAACAAGCGGAGCGUGAACUGACCAACAUGAAAUCUAAUCGUGCGCUUAAUGACACAUUAAUUAAGAACAUUUUGCCGGACCAUGUGGCCGCCUACUACCUAUCCGACGAGCACACGGACGAGCUCUAUUCGAAGAUGCACAACCUGUGUGGAGUCAUGUUCGCCUCCAUUCCGAAUUUCCAGGACUUUUACUCCGAGGACAUUGACAAUGGCAAGGCCUGCAUACGCAUCCUGAACGAGAUUAUCUGCGACUUUGAUGAAUUGCUGGAGGAGCCGCGCUUCGCUUCUGUGGAGAAAAUCAAGACAGUGGGCGCCACCUACAUGGCUGCCGCCGGUCUCAAUCACGAGAGUCUGCGUGCCCGGGGCGAGACCUCCGAGGAUAGCGUGUGUGACCUGGUGGAGUUUGCCUUUGCCAUGAAGCAGAAGCUGGAGGAGAUCAACGGCGAUGCCUUCAACAACUUCCAGCUGCGCGUUGGCAUCUGCAGUGGUCCGCUGGUCAGCGGUGUGAUUGGUGCGCGCAAGCCCGUCUACGACAUUUGGGGGAAUACGGUGAACGUGGCCUCGCGCAUGGACUCCACGGGCGAGAACUGGCGUGUCCAGGUGUCGGCCAAUACAGCGGAACUGCUCUGCUCCAGGGGCUAUACUUGUGUGAAACGCGGUGAAGUCAAUGUGAAGGGCAAGGGCAUGAUGACCACCUACUAUGUGCAUCCCAAGGGCAUCACGGAGAGCCAACUGAUUUCACCUGUACGCCUGCCAGCGGGCAUACCCCUGGCCCAAACACCGAAUCUUCAGCGUCAGACCUCGCACCAUGGCUCCUUCAGUGCCGUGGUCUUUGGCAUGCUUCAGGCGAGCAAGCGCAGUACAGCCAUAGCCGGAACACCCACUGGCACACCAUCGCCGCAGAUUCGUCGCGGUCAUCGGGGCAGCACCUUCAGUUCGGUUCGACUGUCCCAGAAGUCGACGCAUGUGAAUCCCGUGCGACGCAAUACCACGCGCGUACGAGGACGUUCCUAUCGCCAGAAGAAGAGUUCAUCAAACAAUUCGAUUGUGACCCAGGCCAGUUCCAGCUAUAUGCCAUCAUUUCGACGUAUCGAUCAGAUUGAAACGACCAUAUCGAAGAGUCACAACGAUGCGUUAUAGCCAACGACGCGCAGCAAUUGGGUCUAAGUCGAUCUCAGAAACGAAUGAAGAAACUGUCUGACGAAUUUAUUUUUGGAACGAUUUUUUUAUGCUUGAAAGUACAGUUGUGCUCGCUGAUUUUUGGACUGUAUGUGUGCGUUAAUUAAUGGAAACCGCCACUUAGCUGGGCUGGCUACUUAGUAGAAUUUUUAAAACACAAUCCGUGAAAUCGUAGAUCAAAAUGAAUGUACAAUUUCUUGCAUUAUCUCUCAGCACAGUUCUAGUCGUUAAACUUAAGAUGGGUGUCUUGUCCACUUUCUGUGUGUGUGUUUCAAUGUCUAGAGGGUAGAGUCUAGAGUUUAAGAUAUGUAGAUGCCCAACCAAAUGAUGCCAAUGAUCCUACUAACCCUGUUCAAUUCCAUCAAAAUAUACAACAUAAUACCCAUUUUAGGCUAAUUUUUGUAGCAUUAGUAGACCAUUUUAAAACCCAUAAAUCCCAUAGAAAAAUCUCAUGUUCAAAUUGUUGUACAAAUCUCUUCACAGUUUUUUUUUUUCGUGUCUUUUUAGCCGAGAAAUUUAAAUGUAAAUAGAUUAAGGGAAAACCCACGUGUACUAUAAUAUUUUAUGUGUAUUUGUGUGUAAACUUCCUAUUAAAAAGCCAUAGAUAAGUGAGAGGAGAACCUACAAGUUGAAAACAUAUAAAAUUGUAGAGUUAUGAUCAGCCCACGAUGGUACCAAACAAAAUUUAUGCACCCCAUAUUGUAAUUAAAUAAAAGUUAAUACAA